AUGGGCCCAUCAGUCAUCCAGAAGAACCCACAGGCCCUCCUGCGCGCACUGGGUGACAUUGAGCCCAAACUGAUGAACUGCAUCAUCAAAGACCAGUAUAUCUCAAAGAGGAACAACGAGACAUUUUGGCACCAUCAUUGUUCUGUUGUGCCCCUCGUCAAGGAAGAGCAAGGGAAAAAGCCCCAAAAAGCACAGACAUGCUCACGCUGCCAAACCAUCAUGUACCCUGGCCCUGAAAACUUACCACUCAACCACAAGCGCAGCUACUGCGCUGAUGGUGUCAAGCAGGUGUCGAAGAGCGGCGAAGAUCUCCCUCCCUGGCCUCAGCCUCAAGGCCUGUUCUCCAAAGGCCGCACAUACCACCCGCACACAUUUUUGUUGGCAGUUCAGUGCAUUUAUGAGUGUGUCUUCAUGCAGGGACUGGGAGAGAUGGACUUGCUCAAAAUGGAGGCCUUCGUGAAGCUGCUUGCCUCAUGCACUGAGAUCCACGAGGAUGGCACAGUGCUUUUCCGUUUGUUCACAGACUUCAUUGUUGACUUGUCGACCCCCUGCGACCGCAUCAUUACCCACGACGACAAGCAGUGGCUCAGGAUCAACUUCCUCCAGCAGCUGUAG